AUGCCUUUCCCGCCCGUGCCGCCGCCGCCGCCCGCCCCGGCCCCGGGGGUCCCCGCGGCGCGCCCGCCGCCCCGGAGGCCCGGCAGCGGCGGGGAGAAGAAGAAGAGGCCCCCCGAGCGGCCCGAGGGGCUGCUGUCCAGCUCCUGGCCCUCGGCCACCCUGAAGCGGCCGCCGGCCCGCCGCGCCCCGGGCCCGGCCCCUCCGCGCGCCCCGCCCCAGGCCGCGCCCUGCCGGCCGCGCGCCCCCGCCGCCUGCGCCCCGGCCCGGCCGGCCGGCUCCGGCCACAGCCCCGCGGGGGCCACCGCCUCGGGGGCGCGGACCGCCGGCUCGGGGACGGCCGCGGGGGCAGGGCCCGACGACGCGCUGCGCUUCUCCCUGAGCCUCACCCCCGAGGCCGUGCUGCUCAUCCAGAGGCGCCACAUGGAGAAGCAGCUGCUGGCGCGGCCCCGGCGGCCGCUCCCCUCGCCCUCGGCCGACGCCAGGCGGCUGCUCGCCCCCUGCCCCCGGGCCACGGCCGCGGGUCUCUCGCGGCGCCCGGCUCCGCCCGGCGGCCUGCAGGCCCUCGACCUCGGGCCGCGGCCCGCCGACCUGCGCCCGGUGCUCAAGGUGUCGCUGCUCAACGAGCGGCACAAGUACGACGACGUGGAGUACGAGGAGGAGGCCGAGGUGGUGGACGAGGGCCUGGUCCGCAAGUGCACCGAGUGGCUGCGCGGCGUGGAGUCGGCGGCCGGUCGCGCCGGUCCCCUGGACGCGCUGCCGCACCUGAGCACGCUGUGACCCGAAGGACGGACGCCUCCCGAGGCCGGCUCCCGCCUCCUGGCACCUGUGAGCCAGGUGACGCUGCACGCCCACCUCCCUGCGCCUGGGAGCCAGGUGGGCUUCCUAGUCCCCGCCGCUGCCUCCUGGCCACACUGUGGCACCUGAGCACCUGUGUGCCAGGUGGGCCUGGUGGGACGAGAGGGUCUCACUCGACGCUCACCGCCCACCCCCUGGACGUGCUGCUCCACCCGGGCGCCCUAGGGGGAGACACAGACAGCCUCGCCGACCCCCAUGGCCCACCUCCUGCCCAGGCGCCUCCCCGCUCCCCAGCCGGACAGCCGACGCCCCUCCCUCUCCACACUGGUGGUCUCGACCCCACAAGUCUGCCUUCUGCACCAUCCUGGUGUCCUUGCCUCGUGGGGGUGUAAGCAGCGGUGAAAACGCCUCUCCGCCCUGGUCCCCUCAGGUUCGUUGAGGCCCUCUGCUGCGGAGUCCUCGGUAGGCGGGUGUCACUCUCUGCAGGUGCUGGGCCGGGGUGCCCCGGUCUGAACAGUGGGUGACAGCCACGAGGAGGGAUGGGGGACCAGGAGCGCGGGGUCUGUUGCACAACCGGACGUGGCGCUGCAUUUGUGAUUUUGUUUCUUCUCGAAAGAAGAGACGUUGCGGGUAUUGGAAAGCCUGAAAAUGGAAGGUAACCGAAUGUUCGAACUCGGAAGGCGAAGGGGCUAGCCCACCAGGAGCUAGCCCACCUGGUGGAUGGACGUAGUGAUGGCAACGGUGCCAUGCUCACGACACGACUCUCCGCGGGCUGCGUGCUCUGCGGGCCUCUCUGCCAGCCGCGGGCAAGUCUGCCCCACACACACUCUCACACACACGUACAUGCUCACAUGCUCACGGAUGCUUACCCUUACACUCACACACUUACACUUGCUCACGCAAUGCUCUCACGCACACUCUCUCCCACUCAUACACACACACACACUCACACUCACGCUCACACAUGCAUGUGCACAAACACACACACCAUGCCUACCCUCGCACAAACUCAUUUGCUUACAUGCUCACACACACCCUCACACACUUGCCCUCACACAUUCACACGAGUGCACACACAUGCUCACUCACGCUCACACACAUACGCACCCUUACACACAGUCAUACUCCUGCACACACACGUAUACAUACAGUGCCCUCACACUCACACGUACUCAUGCUUACAUGCAUACACACCCUCACACUCGCUCUCACACGCAUGCACACACUUUCUCACACAGCCUCACACACUUGCUCUCACACAGAUACACACUCACACACAGUCUCACACUCACACACACACACACACCCACACAGGUCUUCUCAAGCACAGCUGCAGGCGUUGUUUUCAGUGGCUGCGUUGAGGUGCGAGCGGGAGCGAGGGGCAGCUUCUGGUGAAAUUUGUUUGUAUUUGAAGCGCUGCUCACAAAAUACCUUUUGUGCUCCAGAAAGAAGGAGUAACCAGAGGAGAGGGGAAGAAUGCAGAAAGCUGUCCCCAGACGUGGAACAAAACGUCCUGGGCUGGAGGAGCGAUUCCUUUGAGGGAGAAAGCGGGGAGGGAGUUCCUGGGGGUCACGGGGUAGAUGUGUGCGUUUUCCGUACUUUUAAUCAGUGUGUGAAAAUCGUAGUGGCUUUGUACCGUGGUAUAUAGUGAUUUUAAAAAGAAGAAAAUUUCUAUUUAUUAUUUGAGUAAAGAGUAAAACUCCUCUGCCUUAUAGGAGACAUACCCUUCCCGGCUAACUCCAGGCUGAUUUCUAGAUCUUUCCUCCUUGGGUCAGAGUGUAUUUAACUCUAAGAUUGAGAAGGAAAAAAAGUGCUAUAAUCAGAUAAGGCUGAUUAUAGAAGAGUAAUGUAUUACCUCAAUUUUUGACUUAUUUUGUAAAAGUCAAUAACUACUUUAAUGUUUAUCUCGUUAGACUUUAACGUGUCAAGUCUUAAUUAUAUUUUCCAUUGAAGCCUUACAUUUUUGAAAACCGAUUUUCUAUUUUUCUCGUGGAGGUCUUUGCUCUAAUCUCUCUCCCUCCCUCUCUCCCUCUCUCUCUCUCUCUCUGUCUCUUUCUCUCUCUCUCUCUCUCUCUCUCUCUCUCGUGCUAGGCACAAAUUGAGUUAGACAGGAAGCACUGAGUUCCCUGGGAGCUAGAUCAGCCACCAGAUGAGUUGCCAGAACAAAAACCCUCCCCACUGAAUAGCUUUUCUUCUCUGACCCCUGUUUGAAUGCAGAGAGCUAGAUUGCUUUUAUUUAAAAUGAGCGUAUUAAUCCCAGAGAGGCAAAGUUAGCGACCGUGAGGAGGUGAAAUUGAGACUCAAGCCCUGUGAUGCUCUGGCUGCCCCACCUCCCCCACCCCAUGGCAUCUGCCGCUCCAGUCCUGGGGGAGGAGGUCCCCUCUGGACGUGCCCCAGCAGGUUGGGAGUGAACUGACUGUGAGGUCAAGGUGCGCAGCAUCAUAACAUGGUCUCUUUUGCACUGGGUGCGAAUAUCAAUAGUUAAGAGGCCCGGGUUUCUGCCCAUCGUUCCAAUAGCAACAAGGUUUUUAAAGACUUUCCUAAAGUCGUUAACUUUGCUGAGCAUCUGUUCCUGUCUUCCUGUGUCUUCUGGGUCAUGUUGCUGUUACAGUGUGUAGGUCCCUCUCUUCCCCUGCAAGUCUAUCUCCAUGUCCCUGUCACUUUCUUUCUUUCCUUUCCUUUCCUCACCCUCUCUCUGUCUCUGGGUCCCCUCCCCAUCUCUCCCUCUUAGCUGGCCACAGGACGACACGAAGCACUUUUUCCUCGUUUGCAUUUGUGGGAUGGAGUUUUGUGUGCCUUGUUCUUUGGUCUGAAAAGCCGAUGAGUGGAACACGAAUGUUGCCCUGGUUGAUGACCCUUAAUAAAAAACGAGAAAGGUUCUGCGCAUGAUACGUGAUGUCUAUUCAUGCUGUUACUGUUUGAGAAGGUUUUCUAAGUCGCUAUGCUACAAUUUCUUAAUGUUUUGAAUAAAAGAGAAAUUCAUUGCCUUGUA